AUGUCACAAAUACCUGCCUUUCUAAACCCAAUUUUUUACUCAAUUCAAGGAAAACUAGAUGACUUCCAGGAUACCGUGGAUGAGCUUAGUGGAAUGGUCCAUGAAUGCAAAGAUAAGAUACAUGUGUAUGAAAAGGAUAGAGUCAUUCUGCAAGACAUAUUUUGUGAAAAUGAUAUCAGUGGAAGUGAUGCAUUGGAUGCAAGAAUCAAGCAUGAGGUUGACAAACAGUUGGAUGUUCUCAUUGAUGACUGGAGUAAAAAACUCCAAGAUGAAAUUAAAGCUCUUCACACCCAUAUUUGUGAACACCUAGUGAUCAAGAACAAUCAAAUGGGAGAAUGUGUUGCAGUUGGAAUUAAAAAAGCACGUAAGGAUCUCAAAAUCUCAGUUGAAAAGAUCCUUGAGCAUACCAAGGAAUACCUGUUAGAAAUCUUCAACCUUAUGAUUCUCAAGGUUGGUUGUGAUGCAGCAGUACAUUGUGAUUCAAGAAGGUAG